GAAACAAGUUUCCUGCAAACAAAAAACAAAUUCCACCUGACAAAUGUGAUAGACCAAAAGGACCAAAUCAUCAAGAAUAAAUUAACAUUACUAGUGCUGAAUAUGAUCAUUCACCAACUUAAAAUUUGAUUUGACAUUGAAUUUGUUACAUCUAGUCAUCGGUGUUCGGUUGAUUUGUUUACUAUACUCGAUCCUGUAAACAGUAAACAAAAACGUGAGAGGUUAACAUCCUGCAAAAUUACACUUUGUUGCUUGCAGAGCCUAAUACAUUGUUUUAAAAUUUAAUUCAACAUGAACAUCGUCGUCCAAUCGAGAUUUGCUUGCUUGAAGUCUGAAGAAGAGGAACCUGUUCCUAAAGCACCAAAACCAGUGCCAAAGGAUAAUGCCAACAAUAAAAACAAAAAAGAUAAGAAAACUACUAACAAUAACAACGCCAACAAACAGUCAAAUAAAAAACAGAAAGCUGCCAAAGUAGCAACUGCCAAACAAUGGGAGGAGUGGAAACAAAAAGAUGAAAAACUUGUUAAUGGCAACUUUGAGCAGGAUUUGGAGAAUGCUUUGAUGAUGUCCAAGAUUCACUAUGAAGAAAACAAGGAUUCAAUACUCAAAAGCAGAUCAACAAAAGGCAAAAAACCGGAAAAGAAGAAGAAUUCAAAGAAAACAGUUAGUUUGGAUGAGUUUUUAGCUGGGGAACCUGCUAAGGAUACACCUGACAAUAUUCCGUUAAGUGUUGUGAAAGAAAGUAAAGGUGACUUUUUUGAAAAAAACGUUGAAGAUGUCAAAGAGGCACUCAAUCGAGAAAAGUUUAAUGAUAAAGUCCGUGAGAGACAAAAUGUAAUGGAUGAGAUUAUUUCUUCAGCUCAAUAUCAAGAAAAACUUGAAAUUGAGAGAAACAAAAACGAGGCUUUAAGUAAAGAAUUAGAACAAAGUCGUGCGGAAAUCACUGCCGUCAAGGAAAGAAACAAGACUUUAUAUACAUUAUUAUCAACUGGAGAAAUGAAAGGCAAAGCUGAAAUAAUCAAUGAACUUGAAAAGUUGACUGUGAUCAAAGAUGAAUUAACACAAGAAGUUUCACGUCUUCAUGGAUUGUUGGAACAGGAACGCUCCAAAGUUGCCGCUCUGUCUAAUGAGAAACAAUUGCACAAGAAGACUGGAAAGAAGCAUUAAAUGUAAUUUGUACUACAGGUAAACAUAUUAUUGGAAACAUUUGAUCAUGAUUUGUACUAGUUUUGUUAAUUUACUAUUACAAUCGUCAAUUAUUGCAGUAUUAUCUUCUUAUUUACGCAUUCGAAUGUGUUGCUUUAUUAGUUCAUAUGUAUGUUAAUUAAAUAUAUUUUGAAAUAUGUAA